AUGGGUACAACUACAACUACAGAAGUAAAAGAGGAGGAGAAAAAUGGAACAGGAAAUGGAAAUGAAAAUGAAAAUGAAAAUGAAACGAAUGGAAAUAGAGAAAAUGAAAAUAGUAGUCCGCCUCAUCACAUUUCAAUUCCAUUAAAUAUGUCAAUGUCACAAAUAGAGAUACACCAAUACAUUGAGAAACCAACAUUUAAACAAUUGACAAUACGUAUCGUUACAUCGAUUGUACCAUGUUUGGUGGCAGCUGUUUAUAUAUCGAGUUUUAAACCAUACAAUAUCUAUGAGUUUAUAUGGCCGAUGGCUUUGGUCGGGUUGGCUAUAAGCUCGGCCAAUUCAGUUGCCUAUGGAUGUCUGUUGCUCAAGGUAGACUGGAGCAAAAGAUUUAUAUUCUCUACUGCAUUGGUGUGGGUGGGUGCACCUGUGCUGUGGACCAUUCUCCAAGAGACUGGAGUGUUUCCCCAACCUGGUAACCUACUCGUUACAACAGUCAUCCCACUCGAUAUCAUUUGGCUUGGUAUUGCCUACAUACUCAUUAAAAAAGAGGUUCAGAGUAGAUCGAAAAACUAUAAAAAGAGAUGGUUGGCUUUUCUUUUUGCAUUUUUCGUCAAUUAUGUCUAUGCAGAGUUGGGAUCGGAAUACUAUAAACUGUACAUAGAGUCUGGACCAAAAUGGAGGAUUGCACUACCCAUCAUAUACACUGUCGUAAUGCGUGUCAUUCAAUGGGCUCUAGACAUACUCUGCUAUAGAUGUGCCAAGGGGACAUCCAACCUAAUCAUCAUUGUUGGUCGCAUCAUAUUUUCACUCUACAGUUAUUUAGUACUUGCCUAUGCCCAAUCAUACGUACAUAUCAUCCCAGUCAUUCUCUCCAAGUUUGGUCUCAACUUGGGGUUUGCCAUCCUCGUCCAUUUCCCUCGAAUCCAACCUUUUCUCCUUUCCCUUCUCCCCAUUAAAUGUCGUUCAUUUAUUGAAUCAAAUUUUAUGGAAAAUAACAAUAAUAACAAUACCAACAACAAUAAUAGUAAUAAUAAUUUAAGUUUAAAUAAUAUUAGUAGUAAUAAUAAUAAUAUUAAUAAUAAUAAUAAUAAUGGUAGUAAUAAUAAUUUAAGUAGACCAAAAUUACAAUAUACAAAAUCAACAUUAAAACUUCAAGUACCGUCGAGUCAACAUGCAGGACAAGAAAGGAAAGCAACGGAAUUAUGGUUUUCAAUGUUUUCUGAUUGGUUUGCAUUGGUACUAUUGAUCAUUUUAAAUUUGUUGGGGAGAUAUAAUAGAGGCAAUGAAACAUACUGUACAGAAUAUAAUUUCCAAGGAAACCAACAAUUUUAUCAAUUCCUUGGAUACUUGGGAGUAUGUUUGAUUACGACAACCGUAUAUUAUAUUAUUAUCUGGACAAGUGUUAUUUGGAAAACUAGCAGUACAACCAAUUCACAAAUCAUCGACAACAUAAUACUCAGAAUUUCAAUCAACUGGUUUCCAAAUCAACAUUUUAUAAUAUCUAUCAUCAACAUGAUGCUCAUCGUAGUAAUGUAUUAUGUUGCACUUGUUCCAAUCUUCUCAUCUGACCAAAUUACCAAAGGUAAUGGUUAUUGUAAUUAA